GGAAAUUUUUGCUCUCUUAGUCUUAGGAGCAUCUACUUUAACAGGAAGGGCUCUUUUCUUAGAGGCCGAUGUCUCUGGAACAUCAGCCACUAAAUUUUUAGCAAUUUUUUUUAACCCCAUUUUAGGUUCGACUUUGGAAGUAACAGCUGGAGCCUUCUUCGAUUUUUUAGAAACUUUCUUCGCCGGAGAUGGUGAUUUCGAACCACUUCUAGUGGUUGCCAUUUAUAUAGAAAAAAAUAGUGGAGGAUGACAAUGUAGGUUGAGGAAAACGUGGGUGAGGGCUUGGAGAAGGUGAUCGUGGGAAGAAGAAAUGGGUUAGGGCUUGAGAAUGGUGAUCGUGGGAAGCUACGGUUUGAAGAGUGGAAGAAUCAGAGAAAUGAAAAAUUCAAAAAAAAAAAUAAAAAAGGAGUUAUGAGGUGGCGUGCGUGUACGUGUGUAAGGAAGAAGGGAAAAGGUAAUUUUGUAAUUAUGAAACUUUUUGAAAAGUAAAAUUGAAAAAUGUAAAAGUUAAAAAAGUUUAAAAAAGAGAUUUUUUCUAUUAUAGACCAAAAAUAGAUGAAAUUUACAUUUAUGGCCCUAAAAAAGGAAAUAAACAAAAGUGGAAACUAAAAAGUUGGUAAUUACAAAAAUACCGGCUGAGAAAACGGAAACCACCAUUCUCAACCAUUUUUCUUCGUGACCAGCCGAAGCUUGUUCGUGACCCAGCGAUCCAACCCCAACAACCCAUUCUCAACCAUUUUUCUUCCAAAUCCAGCAAAAUCGAAAUCUAAAAAAAUGUAGAACUCCUAGGAAACCAGCUGAAUCCCGAAAAUCCAAAAUCAAAAACGAAAAGGGAAAAAAAAAAAACCAGGAAACCUCCAUUGAUGUACAAAAAAAACUCAAAAACAACAAUCAUUGAACAAAGAAAUCGCGAUCAGAGGAGAAGAACCGAGUAGAAGGAGAGCUGGAAAUCAAAGAAACUCACCCAUGAUUGAAUCAGAAGGACAAUUGAAGGAAACGGAACCAUUACAAAUAUUGGUGCAGAGCAAUGGGCAUUGGGAUGACAACAGAAACUAUGUUGAUUAUGAAUCAAGUGGAGAAUUAAUUUCGACCAAGUGCACUUUUGAGGAACUAAAGAGAAUAAUGAUGGAAGAACUCCAAUGCAACCAUGAAUCAACACAACUACAACUGAAAUAUCAACUGAAGGAAGGAGGCCAACCACUACACAUCAAGGAUGACAAAAGUCUGUUGUUCUACAUAAAGCUAUUAACGAAGGAGGUUGAUUUCACAAGGUACCCAUUGUGUGUGAACAAAACCAGUAACACGGCACCACCUAACCAAACAAUGGUGUGGAACAAUAUGAUCAUGGAAUCGUAUGAGAACAACGCAAAGACGAAGAUGAAGACUUGCGGCAACACGGAAACAACACGGCAACAACUUCCAAGCAACAACUAUCUCGCAGACGAUGGGAUGCGAGUGAAGUUGAUGCAUUUUUCCUAG